CUAUCACCACCUAGCUAGCCUUCCCCUGCCAGGAGGCAUGCAACACGGCAGCACCAAUAAUUGAAAACCACCAGCUAGCCAAGCACCCGGCCGGGGCAAGGAGCGGGAACCAUCAGCCAUGACUGAGCUCGCGGCUGGCGCCGUGAGCUCACUGCUGGUGGUCAUCCGCGACGAGCGGCGGCUGCUUAGCCGCGUCGGAGACGACGUACAGUUCAUCAAGGAGGAGAUGGAGAGCAUGAACAGCUUCCUGGCGCACCUGGCCAGGAGCGCGCCGGUCGCCGGCGAUCACGACGAGCAGGUGCGCACGUGGAUGAACCAGGUGCGGCUGCUCGCCCAGGACUGCAACAACUGCAUCGACCUCUACCUGUAUAGCGGGAACCCGGAGAUCCACCGCGCCAAGGGCAAGUUCAGGCGCCACUUCUGGUGGGUUUACUGGUCUAUGCGCAAGAUGGUCGCGCAGCAUCGCGCAGCCGUCCAGCUAAGGCAGCUCAAGGACCGGGCGCGGGACGUCGGCAAGCGGCGACUGAGGUACGGCGUGGAGGUUCCAGCCAAGUCGGCUGCAGCGGGGCAGUCACCGACUACAAAGGCUGCUGCACCUGAUGAUGUUGCUGGAGACGAUGAAGAAGAAGACUAUGAAGAUCAACUUGCGGUGGCAACGGCGACCCAUCACUCUUCUCGAAGGGCCGUCUUUGAGCCUCUCGCUCUGGAUGAAUACGCGAGGGCAAAGCUAAUGAAGUGGAAAAAAGGAGUUCCUAAAAGAGCCACCAUGACGUUGUCCAUCGCCGUUGUGGUAGCGGAUGCAGAUAAUAAGAAAGUACUUGAUCUUGCAAAUGAAAUUUUGGUUGCUCCAAAUUACAAGUACCAUCGUAGUAUCAUGGUCAACGUCCCCGAGGUGCACGCCGAUUUUUUACCUCUACGACCUAAGGAGGUCCUCUACUACAUCUUGCGCGAGCUCGAGCCAGCCGGAUACCAGAAGCAGGCCACAGAUCAAGGUGACUCUUGGAAAAUAUACUACAAUAUUUACCGUAGCAAAAAAAAAGUGAUCCGUAAAAUCAAAAGAAAUAUAGAAAAGAUGAAUUUUUACAAAAAGCUUGACAAGUUCAAGAGUGAUAUUAAAGAGAAGAUCAAGAGUGAUAGUAAAGAUGGACAACAAAAGAGCAACAAGCAGUUGUGGCUUCACCAAAAAAAGAAGGUUGAUCACGGGUACCAGGAACUCCUUGAUCUAGUUUUGCGCCAGUUUCAACCAGAACAAGCGAAGAAUGAUGUAGUAGACAUGUGUAAACUAUCAGAGUGGAAGGGCGACCUCAUCAAGAUAAUAGCCAUGAAGCUUAAGAAAUAUAUGGAAGCAGAUGAAAAGACCAAGGAACUCAACGAGCAUAUUAGAGUAGAAAAAACUACAACUAAGCAAGGGCGAGGAGAGAGGCAGGAAGAGAACUACAAAGGGGAAGGAAAAGGAGAAGAGGGGAGGGAAGAGGAGAACGAGAAGGAGAAAGACCAUGGAGACGGAGAAGAAGAGGAAAAUGAGGAGGAGCGAAAGGACAAAGAGGAAGAAGAAGAGAUUAAGGAGGAGCGGCACCAUGAGAAGAUGAAGCAGGAGCAGAAGGAAAGAGAAGAAGAGAGGAAGGAGGAGCAGAAUGAGGAGAAUGAAGGGAGAAAAGAGGAACAAGUGAGAAGGGAGGAAAAAGAAGAAAACAAGUACAGCGAUGAUGAUGAGGAUGUAGAAGAAGAUGAUUAUGAUGAAGAAGAAGAAGAAGAUGAUGAUGAUGAUGAUGAUGAUGAUGAUGACCCGAUUCAUCUUCAUCAGGUUCAAUACGCACAAAUCCUACGAGAAGUGUUCCCAAAUAUCACCAGAAGCAAGAACCAACAACAAGAUAAAUCAGAAGCCAAACAAGCUAUAAAAACUGUGACGGUUACAUUAGACGAGACAGAAAUCAAACAAAUGAUUAACGAGGCAAGACAAGAUAUCUUAAGAGAUCUACGGGGAGGCAAACUUGAUAAGAAUCAAGAAAUAUGUGAACCUGAUGUUCCACUUGACAAGAAUGAAGAAGCAGGUGAACAUGCAGGUGUUUUGGGUCAAAACGAAGAGACUUAUUUUGAAGAAAUAGAUAACAAGAUUGAAGAUCUCAAGGGGAAACUUAAAGAACAAUUGAAGAUCAAAGGGCUUGUGGACAAGAUUAAACAUCACUUACAGGGUGAGUGCCCCCUCAUUAUCCUAAAAUUUGACAACAUGAUGGAUGGAUCCAGAUGGGAGGAGAUUAGAAAAGCUUUGAGUCUGUUGAAAUCGGGUGCCGAUGCAUUGAUCUUGACCACAGAGAGCACCGAACAGGCUAAAGGAUAUUGCUAUCCAGCGGGGGAACCUAUAGACUAUUCUCUUGUUGGUCUCUACCAUUAUAUGGUGCUUCAGCUUACUAGCAAGAAAAAGGAUGAAGACAACUAUAACCCCCAGAUUUUUCGUGACAUCUUGGAGGAGUGUGAGGGGCAUAAAUUUUGCAUGAAGAUCUUCACUCAUGCCAUGUAUGCUAAUCCCAGGAGGACCAAUGAAGAGUUAAGCAAGCUGCACCGCACCUUACAGGAUUCACAAAAAUCAUUCGACACCAUAGCCAAGAAUAUGUUUAUGUACUCUUACAAUGAUCUGCCUAAAGAAUACAAGUCCUACUUAUUGUACCUAGCUAUCUUCCCCAAAGGACAAAAGAUCAGACGAUCAACCUUGAUUGGACGAUGGGUUACAGAAGGGUUGACAUUCAAGGAAGAUUGGCCCAGUUCUGUGCGUCAAGCAAAGCAAUGUUUUGAUACCUUCAUCCGUCGAUGGCUUGUUCGUCCUGCUGAUAUUAGUGCCAUGGGAAAUGUCAAGAGUUGCAUGGUAGAUGAUACAAUUCAUGGGUUCAUUACCGCAAUUGCUAGAAAGCAACAUAUUGUGGAGACACGCCUGUCACACCACUUGGCUCGCCACUUCUCCAUUUUCAAUGAUCUUCGACUCCGUAGCUCUGAUGAAAUUGAAACGUUCUUAAAAAGUCUCUCAAGAACAUCUCGAGUAUCCCUACUAAAAGUGCUAGAUCUCGAAGGUUGUCAGUGCUUUGGUGGCAAGAACCAGCGGUACCUCAAGGACAUUUGCAGCAAGAUGCUACUGCUCAAGUAUUUGAGCCUAAAGGGAACAGAUAUUACCCAACUACCUAGUGAAAUCAAUUGUCUCCGUGAGCUAGAGGUGUUGGAUAUCCGAGAAACCAAGGUACCUGCAAAUACAACAGUUAAUGUCCUGCUCUUGAAGCUGAAGCGUCUAUUAGGUGGUCACAUUGAGCCAAGUUCAAGAAAUUUUGGCACUAGCAUUCAGAUUCCUCACAAGGUAGACAAGAUGCUAAACAUAGAGGUACUAACUAAUGUCAAGGCUCAGCGCCGCCGUGAUUUGGAAGAUAUUGGAAAGCUUUGGCAACUGAAGAAGCUAGGUGUGGUUAUUGAUGGUAAGAUAACUCACCUCAAGAGUUUUCUUAAAGCGAUCAGUGACCUACAUGAGUGCAUCCGUUCUCUGUCAAUCACUAUUCCUGCAACAAUGCUCGAUGGUACUCCUUCAAGCCAAGAGUUACUAGAUGAUAUUGGCUCUCGCCUAAAAGACCACCCCAAGAUUCUUGAGAAUCUAAGAAUCAAUGGAGCCAGACAUCUUUUUCCAUUGUUGACCAAAGGUGAUAAUAGCAAACUUGCCAAGGUAACUUUGAGAAUCACCCAACUGAAGCAAGAUGAUAUGGAUGUCCUCGCCAAGCUACCCAGGUUACAAUGUGUUAGGCUCCAACACAUUUCAUGUACCGAGAGCUCGUUCAUCUUCAAGAAAGAUGAUUUUAAAUGUCUCAAAUACUUUAUUAUUGAGGGCUUUAACUUGACUAAUAUCACUUUUGAGGAUGGAUCAGCCCGUGAGCUCGAGAAGAUGGUUUUAUCUUCCACCAGCAUAGAGUCUAUUUCUGGAGUUGAUGUGCUUCCAAAAUUCAAAGAGCUUGUAUUGAACGAUAGCACUAUCCCAAGUGAGGUGAAAGAAGUUAUUGAAAGCAAUGAAAGGAUAAAACUUAAACAUAAUGAAGCAUAACUCAAGAAAAGGCAAAAACGGAGAUGAACAAGAGGAUGAAGACAAUGCUGGACAUUCCCAUUCUACUAGAAGAAACAGGUUUGUCGCCAGAGAAGCAUCUCCUUCGAUCCUAUGGUGUGGUUUGUGUGCGUGAGCCUGUCUUUAUGUUCUGCCUGAUGAAAUAAUCCUUGCUUCUACUCUGUGUUUCUUCCUUACUUUGUUUCAUGGUUCGAGUCAGUGUAAGCUCGAGGCUUGCUUGUUCAAGCCAGAGCGAGUCCUUGCCUAAGUUGGCGCGGCAUGCACGCCGGCGCGCGUGUGGGAUGGCACACGGCGCAGGUAGGCAUGGCGGGCGAGUUGGUUGUGUCGUUGGCGCGGCACGCCCCGACGUGCGGGAUGGCGCACGAAGUGGACGGGCGUUCGCGUGCGUAGUGGCAUCAUGGCCGCGAUUUCGUUUGUGUAUUUUUUUUUUGAAUGUGAAGUUUCAAUGCAGUCCAGAAAA